UUUUACUAUUUCACCACAACUUCUAUUGGUAGGUCAACCGUCAAUAAUACAUAUAGGAUUCCAACCAACCGUAAGUCUACAUAAUUUCAACCACUAGAAACUUCGAAUUUAACGGAGUCAAAAAUAAUAAAUGCAAAAAAUUCACCUGCCUUUCUCUUUUCCCAAAAAAAAAAAUACUUUCCUUUGGUCAUCGGAACUCCCCAAAAUAAUUCAAUUCUCGUACUAUUUUCCAAUUUCUUCAACUUAGGUUUUCUCUAAAACGGCGAGCUUUUCUUCAUUAUUCUAAGAAAGGCUCGCCCAAAACAAACGAAAAAAAAUUGCAUAGCAACUCAACCAUGGAAUUUCUUAGAAUUUUACCGUUUCAGUCCAUUGUCGUUUUCCUUCUCUUCACCGUCGUUUACUUUCCGUUAACCGUCCGUUCAGAUGAAGUCAUUCCAUUGCUUUUGCCGUCCGAUCAAGUUAACGACAUUUGCCCUACAAAGCCGUCUCAAACGGAGUCGUCUUGUACCGUUAACUGCUUCCGACCCGACCCCGUUUGCGGCGUUAACGGCGUUACGUAUUGGUGUGGUUGCCCUGAUGCACAAUGUGCUGGUGUUCGUGUUGUGAAAUUGGGGAUUUGUGAAGUGGGUAACGGAGGUUCUGCUCCGGUUACGGGUCAGGCGCUGCUGUUGGUUCACAUUGUUUGGCUUGUGUUGCUUGGUUUCGUUGGACUGUUUGGGCUUCUAUGAUCGAUCAGGUUUCGUUGAUUGCUCUGAUUUAGGGUUAGAAUUGAUAGUUUAACAUUUUUGUAUACUACUAUACCUGUAUUUUCUGUAUGUAUGAGGGGAAUUUACGGAUAGUUGUUUUCCAAAAAAACUUUGUUCUUGCUUUUUUUUUUUUGUUGGAUUAAUACAAUUUAGGAGAUUUAGCUA